AAGCAUGAAACUGAUGAAAGGCUUCUGACAGGCAAGGCCAAGCCAAGGUACUAUCUCUCAUAAAUCUACUGUUACAUUCAUCUUUGCUCUCCACUUCCCUCCUUCCCCACCAUUUUUUCUACCAUUCUCAUCAAGUACAGAGCUUAGGUUGCAUCUACAACAAGAUUUUGCGGCUUAGUAAAUGUUUUUGUAGUGAACAUUUUGGGACAAAUCUUAAUUCUGAAGCCAAAGUUGGAAGCCUAGCUUUUGUGAUUUGGAGCAAAUUUUUAGUUCAACAUCUUAUGUUUUGCUAAAAAAAAAAAAAAAAGAAGUCCUUAACCUGGGUUUUAUAUCUACUAUAUGCAUCUAUUCUUGGAAAACUGCAAUCUUGUUUGUCUUUAUGUUCAGCUCUGAUUUUGGAUAGAGAAGUGUCGGUUGGUUUUGUGGGAUCUACAGAUUACAUCAGAAGGAGUUUUUGGGAUCAUCAUCAUCAGCUGUGGCAGUCUCUUCUGAUAAGCCCUCUAGUAAUUUCUUGAUAAAGUAAGAAAGGAAGGAGCAAAAUAUAAGUUUAUAAGAAGUCUUUGUGCUGAAAGGAGAAAGGGUUAGAUUAGAGGUGAUAAACAAUAAAAGGGUUCGAGGAAAAAGAACAUUUGGAUCUGGAUAUCCAGUGGAAUUAUCAGCAAGAAGUGGAAAAUAGUACAAAAUUUUCAUCACAAGAAGAGGAAAUUCAAAGGAGCAUAUUUAAUCAUCAAUACCAGCAUCUGCAACUUCUUCAGCAACAGCAUGAACAAGCCUUAAAGUUAGCCGACCAGACGAAGACAGCGCCUGAACAUGCAAAGGCUGGACCACGAACUGGGAUGAAGCGAGCUGGGGGAGGAGGAGAUGGGCAAGGGGAGAUAAUACAAGUCCAAGGAGGCCACAUUCUCCGAGCUACUGGCCGGAAAGACCGGCACAGCAAGGUCUAUACUUCAAAAGGUCCAAGAGAUAGGAGGGUUAGGCUGUCUGCCCACACUGCUAUCCAGUUCUAUGAUGUGCAGGACCGAUUAGGCUAUGACAGGCCUAGCAAAGCUGUAGAUUGGCUCAUUAAGAAGGCGAAAAAUGCUAUCGACAAGCUGGCUGAGCUACCCCAUAAUCAUCCAAAUGAAAUUAGCUUAAUGGCUGCUCCAAGUACUGAUUCCAACCCUGGUUCAUCAAGCGGCUGCCAGGGAUUUGAACACCGAUCGGAAUCAUCUUCUCUUUAUGCAAUUCAAAGGCAUCAGCUGCAUGAUAAUCCAAAUGGGAAUUCAGGAGUUAUUCCACCAGAAGUUGAUACACAAUCGAUUGCAGAUACCAUGAAAACAUUCUUUCCAGUGAGUCCGGGGAAUUCUUUGAUGAAUAUGCAAAGCUAUCAGCAUGAUAGAAUGUCGAGACAGCCCUCAAUCCAGACAGAAGAUCUUGGCCUUUCCCUCCAUUCUUUGCAAGAUCAGAAUUUGAACCACAGGUCUUACACCGAGCAAAUGCUUUUUUCAGGGUCAAAUUCAACCAUGUUUCCUGGGACAAAUUAUCAACAAAAGACCGAGUCUUGGAGUGGAGCUGGAGAAGGAGAGAAUAGGAACAUUGGAUUUAUAUUCAACCCACAUUCAAUGCCAGUGCCACAACAGCUAAUCUUCAGCCAAAACUCAGCAUUUUCUCAGAGGGAACCCCUUCAGUCCAAUUAUUCACACCUCUUUCAUGCCUGGAAUGAACGACAGAUGCCCUCUGUGGAUCAUCACAAUGCUCAGGCAAUCAGUCAAUCUUCAAUGUAUAACAUCCAUUUCGGCUCAGAUUUUCAGGUUCCAGCUCGAAUUCGCGGGGAUGAGGAGCCUGGGGUGGUAUCCCUCCAGCCAUCCUCAGUCUCUCCAAGCUCACAACAUUAAUGUCAAGGAGCCAUAGCUUUCAUAUCCAUCAGGACAAAUAAUGAACGUGAUUCUACUCAAGCACUGGAGCUUUUUUGGUCAGCUCAAUCAAUUGAUUUUCAUUGAAGACAACUGAGAAGAUUGAGUUCAGUACUUUUCUUUAGAUUAAUUUUGCUUGUCUUCUAAAUUUUGUUGAAGCAUUCUUGUCUGGUUCAUAAUUUAUCUCCGCUUACGUACUAUUGUUAAAGUUCUUGUGGUCCUCGUCGGUUAUAUUCUUAAGUGUAGUCAUUUUGUCUUCAAACUGAUGAUGGUCAGACAUAAGAUCCUUGUUGACCUCGUUCUCUUUCUCUAUUAAUUAAACAUGAUUCUGAUUGAGUUUAUGAUC